GAGCCGGUGCAGCAGGACAGACUAGCGAGGUUACGGCACCGCUUGGACCAGCAGCAGAGCAAGUUGAAUCGGCUGAGAUUAUUAAGGUCACAGACUGACGCUUCGCGAGCGAACAAUGCCACCCUCACCUCGGAUCUGGACUGCAUCAAAGCGCUGUUCAACGAGAAGGAGAAGGAACUGUCGCUGGCGGUGGCCAAGGUCGAGGAGCUGACGCGACAACUCGAAGAGCUGAGGGGCAGACACCCCGGGCCCGGAUACCUCGUCACCCCGGCCAGCGCCGAGCUCGAGAAGCUGAGGAGGGAGCUGCUCUUCCGCAACAAGAUGAACGAGCAGCAGAAUCAGGUGGUGUCUCAGCAGCGUCUCGCCCUGGCGCAGCGUCAAGCGGAGAUGUCGUCCAUAGACGCGCGAAUAGCUCAGCUGCAGGGUCGACUGCAGCGGAAGCGCGCUCUCAACCAGCGACUCAGCCAGCAGCUAGUGCAGCAACAGCAGCACAAUCAGAUCAACGCCGCGCGACCGCCGCCGAACAACAAGCAAGAUCACUUGGUCGGCGGCAAACCGCGACCUGCCGGCAACAUCGCGGCUAUCGAGCCCUACUCGCACAUACCCAACGACAAUGAUUUCAGCUUGAACAAAAACGAUCCCAAGUAUCAAACGCUGCCGUAUAAUACCAAGUUUGCAGUGAACUUCAAGGCGAAUCUACAGCAACAGCAGCAACAGCAACAACAGCAGCAACAACAGCAGCAGCAGCAACAACAGCAGCAGCAACAACAGCAGCAACAGCAGCAACAGCAGACGUCGCUCGAAGAUGACGUUAAUAAAAAUAAGAUUCAGCAUAGCACCAGUGCGUCACAGAUCGGUACAAGGACCACCAAUGUUCAGCUUAGUCAUCAAGUUGCCCACAGUCAAGCGCAGUCGCACGUACAAGGUCAAUCACAACUUCUCAAUUCCAAUCAAACGCAACAGCAGCAGCAGCAGCAACAACAACAACAACAACAGCAGCAGCAGCAACAACAACAACAACAAACGAACAAUAACAAUAACAAUGUUAACAAUAAUAACAACAACAAUACUGCCAAUCAUAAUUUCGUCGGUGAAGCUACGCGACUGCAUCAACAAUCUCAGCAACAACAGCAGAAGCAACAGCCACCGAGGAGUCUGCCUAAUCAUCAGAAACCAGUGUCAAGCGUCGCGCCGAGUUUUCCCGUCAAGUCACCCAUCUAUCAAACGUCCUCGACCAAGAUCCAUCCUGUUAUGCCGCAGACACUCAGCCUCAUCGGCAGAGGCCAUCCGGCUACUCAAAGCAGUUACGCGACAAACCCUCAAAAUCAAAAUCAAAAUGGCAGGGAUGCAAGUUCAGUAAUGGGAUCAGCAAUGCAAAACGGCCAACAGCAGCAGCAACAGGAAUCGAACUUUAGCACUCGACACAAUUACCCAGUAGUUGUGUCGCAGCAACAACAACAGAGUAAUACGCAGCACGUGGCCACGACAGUGGCAGCGUAUCAGUCGCAGAACUCACCGAAUUUGCCGCAAAGCAGUGGCUCGAUAUUCUCCGGCUACGGUUACGGCCAGACGGCUCAACCAAACCUCGACGAGAGGCUCAAGAUUCCCGAGAAAAUUGCUGCAUUGGAACAACAACAACAGCAGCGUUUCGACCAGAAUCUCAUAAGCAAGUACGAGCCACACAGUAAGCUGUACGAGCAAUCGUCAGUGAACAAACACGAACAACAGCAGCAAACGUCGACGAAGCAAGAGCACAGUACGCAGCCUUUAAAGCACGAACAAAGCAAGUUCGAUCACCUUGCUUCCAGGUUUGAGCAGAAGCACGAUCAUACGAGCAAGUUCGAGCCACCGAGCAAGUUGCCGGAAAAGCCAUUCGAGUAUGAGCGCAAGCAAGAGUCCAAGCCUGAACCGGACAAAGGACCCAAGCCUGCACUUCCACCCAAACCAAGUAAACCCAAUCCACCACCAAGACUCACUCCACACGAGAAGGUUGACGCUAACUGUGACUCACCUGACACAAAGAUCAAUGUUAAUUUACCUUCCAGACCGGAAAAGGAGGAAGACGCACUCCCACCGAUUCCUACCUCGGAGCCACCGGAAUCGCCGACAGAUUCCCAAUUGGCGAAUCAACAACAACAAUUGCAUCAGGUGAUCAAAGCUCGGCCACUGGGUUUGAAAAAGUCUCCGUUAUCAGAGCAACCAAAGCUUCGUUAUAACAAGUCGAACGUGCACGUAUCUAUCAAUCGACGAAUUGAAAUGCCCCCUGCCUUCCUGUUCCCCGAGACCGAGAUUCCCGCGGAUCUUAUGCAAACGGAGCAACAAUCGCAACAACAGCAACAAGUAGAUGUUACCGAUUGCAAUCCAAUCAAGAGGCAUAUCGUUAGUCCAGUCAGUCACGAGGAAAUUUGCAACGAAAAGUUAGAGGAUUCGGAUAUUAUCGACGCACUUAAUGUACUUAAUAUCGAAGACAAUCAUAAGCUAAAGUCAGAGACAAUCGAGAUCGAGAGUAGUAACGUGGUGGUAACGGUGAAUAAGCAAGCAACGGCAGCGGACGUGCUAAGGCGUAAAAAGGGUAACCUCAAGUCCACGACGGGCAAGGCCAAUUUAUCGAGGCGGGUCAGCUUCGACCCGCUCGCUUUACUCCUCGACGCGAGUCUCGAGGGUGAACUCGAACUCGUCAAGAAAACAGCUAAGGAGGUAGCUAAUCCAAGCUCUGCUAACGACGAGGGUAUCACCGCGUUACACAAUGCCAUUUGCGCGGGUCACCUCGAAAUCGUCAAGUUCCUCGUUGAGUUUGGCUGUGACGUUAACGCUCAGGACAGCGAUGGAUGGACUCCCUUGCACUGCGCUGCCAGUUGUAACAACCUAGCAAUGGUAAGAUUUUUAGUGGAGCACGGCGCCUGUAUCUUUGCCACGACGCUAUCCGAUCACGAGACUGCUGCGGAGAAAUGUGAGGAAGAUGAGGAAGGUUUCGAUGGAUGUUCUGAGUACCUGUAUAGCGUUCAAGAGAAACUUGGCAUAAUGAACAAUGGACAGGUGUACGCUGUGUUCGAUUACGAUGCGCAACAUAGUGACGAACUUUCAUUAAAAAAUGGUGAUUCCAUGGUGAUAUUGCGAAAAGGUGAUGAUAAUGAGAGGGAAUGGUGGUGGAGUAAGCUUGGCAAUCGAGAGGGCUACGUUCCCCGAAACUUAUUAGGCCUAUAUCCAAGAGUGCAACCAGCAAAAGCAGACUGAAAGAGAACUUUACAAUUAGAAGUGUUCCGCGUCGAUUAAUCAUGUAUUACCGCAGUAUUCAAUUCGCAACUUUAUCUUUAUAUGUAUAUCAUAAUCUGUGUAUCACGCACGGAUAUUGUUCUUAAUCGAUCAAUCUUCUUAAGAAUUUUCAAAGUCCUAUAGAAAUCGUUCUCUUGUAGCGAAGCAAUGUUUUACGAUGCUCUGCUCGGUUUAUUUGAGAAAAAAAGUCGAUCGAAAUUAACGUAUUAUUUAUUAGAAAUAUUUGUAGAGAUUCUCUUUUUUUCACUUACUCGUCGCGUUUUUUUGUAAAUAUUUAUGUAUCGCUUGUUAUUGUACGAGAGCACCACUCGCAUCGUCGCAAUUUUAGACAAUACUUGCUGUAUUUUCCGUAGCAUUACCGCGCAGUGAAAUUCGUCGUGGCGUAAUAUCAAAAAUAAACAAAUGUAACGUGACAAUACAAAAUAUUUGAGGAUAUUUUGUGUUGAAGUCUGUAUUAAUGUAUAAGUAAUGUAUCAUACAAAAACAUAUCUAAAACGAGAAAAAACUAUAUUUUAGCAGAAAGCUAUGUAUAUUGUAAAUGCCCGAGAAAUUGAUUGAAUUCAUGAGUAUUGAUAUGCAAUAAUGUUUAUUGCAAUUGAGCACUGAUUUUUCUUUUAAUGUUUGUAAAAUAUAAUUAGAUGUAUUCUAAUAUAUAAGUUUUGUGGGAUUUCACUGCACGGUUGAAACACUGAAAGAUAUUUAAGUAAUUUUCAUACUAUAUUAAAUUGCUCAUACUCCAAAGAUAAUGUGGAGUAAGGUAUUGUAUGUAUGUACUUAACUUUUUUUUUUUGUUCGUUUGUUUCACCUAAAUGUUCGAGUUUAGAUGAAGUCAAAUUUGCAUUAACGCCAAUUUGAGUUUACUUCGUAAUAUUUUUGUGAUCCGACUGGUUAUUCGGAUUCGGAAAAUUAUUUGCGACUGUAUAAAUGUAAACUUGCCAAUGAAAAGGACUUUUAGUUAAUUUCGUCGUCAUAAAUUGAAAAAAACAUAAGUAUUCUAGAAACUUGAAGAGAUUAAAUUCAGUAUAUAUAUAUAUUUUUUCUUUUUGUUUGGAUUCUGUGCAUAAGUUAUAAGAGUUUUACGUAAGCCUACAGUAUCAUAAUGUAGUUUCAGAAUUUUGAAAGCACAGACGGAUGUAUUUUGACGAUCUGUACGACGAUGAAUUGUAACACAACACCUAUUGUUAAUGAAACAUGUGCCUUUAAAAGUAAUAAUAAAUUUUAAAUUUAAGAUUAUUGCCCGAUAUUACAUGAGAAAAAUAAUAAAUUG